AUGAAUAGAGCCUCUUCGUCGUUGUACUCUUUCCUCUCGCACCAUCUUCCUCGAGUAGUGAAAGCUUCUUCGGCAAGAACGAAAAAACACCAAUUCAUCUUCUUUUUCCCGUUCAGAAAUUCAUCAUCAUCAUCAUUUCAUACUAGUAACAACAAAUGUCGUGAAGGUCCAAAAGGAAUGACUGACUUGUUCAAAGAACAUUUAAAAAGACAAAUUCAAAGCAAUGAAUCGGUACAGGCAGCUAUCCGCAGUUAUCAAGAAACAUUUCUGGCAAAAGGUGUAGAAAAGCUCAAACCUACUCUGUCAAAAAGCAAAGAAGCUCUCGCUAAAGGUUCGACCUCGUUGGAUGAAACUACCGAGAAAAUUCUACAAUCGGAAACCAUGUCUCGAGUUGGAAAAGCUGUAGAUUCUGCAUAUGACCUUUUGAAUCAAAAGGUUGGGCUCAAGUAUAUUACUGGAGAAUCUGCCGGGAACAGAAUUUCGGAUCUGAAACGUGCUCCAGUUUUCUUUUUCCGAACUAAAUAUGCCAGAGAGUUGGAUUUAUCCAAAGGAUAUGUUUACAAUCCUUUCACACGUACUUUGGUUAAUAUUACAGACAUUAUUUCUCAGGAAGAGUUAGAGGCAGUGAUAAAAGAAAUUAAAGAAAAACCUGACUUGGGCAAGAUGGGAGAACAAAGCGAAGAAGAUCUUCAUCAUGAAGCUGAACGUCAAGAACAAGAAAGAGAGGAACUUGUAAAAAUGUUAACUGCAAGAAUGCAAGAACAAAGAGUACAGGAGGCAGAGGCAGGAAAACCAAAAGUUAAUCCAACCUCAGCUGAAGAAUUGAAGUUGACAAAAGAAAACUCUCCUGUUAUUUCGGAGCUCAUUGAACCAUAUUACACUACUCGAGGAUUAAUAUGGAAAACUCAAGUUCUUUUACAAGAAAUUCAACACAAACAAACAGGAAAACAACCAAGUUUACUUUUCAGAAUUCCUGGAAUGGUGGAUAUAUUGAAUGAGUCAUUACGUUUCAUCACUGCAAGAAUUACUCCACCUCAAAAGGUUAAAAAAGCAGAACAAGAACCGCCUGCAGAAGAGGAAUUAUCUAAAUCUUCAGAACAGGCUUUGGCUAUUAGUGAGUUAAAGAAACGUGAUCCUAGAUUCGCUUUGGACCUGUUCCUUGUCACAAUAGAGGCUAUCGUUAUUCCAGAAGUAUUAUCUGCUUAUUUCGCUGAUGACACUCAUACUAUCAAGAAGUUUGUUUCCGAGUCUUGUUAUCGUCAAAUCUUCUUCCCAAGAAUUCAGGAAAGGGUUCAUGCAAAGAACAAACUUGAUUCCAAGAUUUUGCAUGUUGGAGACAUGCACCUUUUAACAACUAGAUAUGAUGCUGGUAAUCCUGCUCUUGUUAUUAGCUGUUCCGUUCAAUACACACAUUGUAUUAAGAAUGAAGCUGGUGAAAUAAUAGAAGGAGGACCAAAAGAUAUCAGACAAGAGACUCAAAUGUGGGUUUUGAGACAAGACGAAUCACAUGAAACUGAUGAUUGGUACAUUUCAGAAGUGAGCAUGAUGAUUGAUCCUGUGAAAAUUGUCUAA